AUGGCUGGGCGCUUUUUGAGCAGAGCUCGGGGUGACCCUCACAAGGCUAUCAAGCUUAUGUUGGCCACACAGGAGUGGAAGGCAGACUACUUCAAGGCCGGGCCAGUUUCCGAUCACCAAGUGAUCGAUGACCUCAAGUAUGGUGUAGUUUACUUUUGCGGCCGGGAUUAUGGUAUGAGGCCCACAAUUGUUUGCAGAGCAAAUCGGAUCCCCGAUGAAUGGUACAAGGACAAGACCGCUGGCAUUGAGCGCCUCAUCAAGGUACUGAUUUUUGCGAUGGAGUACAUGGUCAGAUAUAUGGUUGUGCCUGGCAAGGUUGAAAACAACUGUCUGGUGGUCGAUUUGAAAGGACUUGGAAUUUCCGGAGUGCCGAUUUCAGCCCUGUCCAAGAUUUACUCGGUCAUGAGCAACCACUACAUUGGUCGAGUUUUCAGGUUUUACGUUGUGAACAUGUCCAGCGGACUGAGCACCAUCGCUGGCUGGGUGAAGGGCUUGUUGACUGAUCGGCAAAAGCAAAAGCUACAACUUCUGGACAACCUAGAUGACUUGAAGAAGGACUUCGCGCAACAUCAGCUUGAAGAAGACCUUGGUGGCUCCAGACCCAUGAUCACGAAGUUCUUCCCAUUCCCGCUCCAGGGUCCGCCAUUCGACAAGGGCGCAUCUGAGGGUUGUACUGCCAAGCCGCUUGAGGGAACACACAAGUUGUUGACACCUAUGGGUGCCCGGGGCAGAAUAUUUGACCCCGCCAAGAGCAAGGAGGAGAAUGCUGCUCUGGAGUACUCGCCAGAGGCAUACGACUUCUUCGUCAAGAACAACCUUGCUGUGCCGCCAGACUGUCAGAAGCAGUAUGAGGCAGCCAAGCAAGCUGAAGAGGAAGCCAAGCGUGCAGAGGCAGAAAGCCCGAGUGGAAUUACCAACAACGACACGAAGGCUAGCAAUGAUGGAGGUUCCCCAGACAGGCUUCCUGCUCCGGGCGUACUGCCCGACGAGGAGGAGGACGACGAUGAAGAGGAGGAAGAGGAGGACAUCAUCGUCCAGGAUCCAGCAGCCAUCAAGCCCAAGGGGCUGUUUAGCUGCAGUCCCUGCUGGUGUGGGAAUAAUUGUCGGCGUCUUACAUGA